CGUAGUCCACCUUUUCCUCUGUCUGUCUGGAUGGAUUCUGGGUCAGCGCCGCCUUCGUCCUCCAUGUUGGCGGGCCCUGCUUCGCUUUGGCGCCUGGCUGAGAGGAGGAGCAGGAAGGCCGGCUCGGGGAACAUUUUUAGCAACGUGAAUCUGUGGCAGCUGCAGAAACUAUUCAGGGCUGCAGGGGACCAGGAUGCGGAUCAAAGGGCCCAGCUGGUUUGGGGGCUCAGGGAUGAGGCUGAAAUGGCUCAGGCCUUGAUAGCACUGAGGGCACGGAGUCAGCGGGGAGGGCUGAGGACCAAUGGGAGGGAUGCUCUGGGAACCCACUGGCUACGGGCUUUUGAUCACCUCAGGAUUGGGGAGAGCUCACCAAGCAGCCAGAGGAAGGAUGGCGAUGCAGAGAGUGAUGCGGGUACAGGAGCAGAAAUGAGUCCAGAUGCUGCGAGGCACAGCUCAGGAGGGACAGCGGGAAGAGGGGCGGCGAGUGCAGCGGCGCCGGCUGAGAGCCAGACCUCUGCAGGGACUUCUGACAGAACACUCCGAACCGGCUCAGGGAAGAGGAGGGGAGGAGGGAGCAACCCGGAGAGAUACCUUCACCGAAUCCUCCACAGAUGUGCCAAAAGCAGGGCCGAAAAAACCUAA